AUGGAGGAAUCCCGUUUGAGACUCCAGAUCCAACAUUUGAGAGAGGAAUUAAACAAGAUGACGACUUUAGCACAAAGAUGCCUGGGGAGGCAAAUAACGCCUCUUGACCUAUCAAACUCGGCUCCGAUUGGACAAGGUCAUAGUAACUACCACAACUCGAUUGGAAAGUUACCCUUUCUCGAUCUAGCUGAGAAAGCAAUGAAUGAAUUGACCAUUUUAGCUAAUGUAAACGAUCCUCUAUGGAUACAAAUCGUAGGCGAAGGAGGAGGAGUCAUGGAAUCUCUAAACCUCGGGGAGUACGUCAAAUUGUUCCUUCCUUGUUUAGAAAUUAAACCCGACAACAAUUCUACCCAUUAUGCCACUAGGGCGUCUGGCAUUAUUGCCGCCAACAGCUCCACGAUCAUCAGGGCAUUGAUGGAUGAAAAUCAAUGGCCAUAUUUAUUUGAAACCAUAAUUGGUAAGAGUGCACUUAUAGACAUAAUUCAAGAAGACAAUGAAAAAAACUUGAAAAUGAUGUACGCUGAGCUGCAAGCGCUAUCGUCUUUGAUUCCUGUUCGGAAAGUAAAGUUUCUUCGAUUUAGCAGACAGGUUGUAGAGGGAGUAUGGGGAAUGGUGGAUGUAUCAGUUGAAAAUUCCCAUGAUAUUUCGGAAACCAACCCAGUUAUAAAUUGUAGGAGGUUCCCUUCGGGAUGUAUUGUGCAUGAUAUGCCCAAUGGUGGCUCCAAGGUUACUUGGGUAGAACAUUUGGACUUUGAAGAGAACGAGUUCAAUCAUCCAUUAGGAGUCAUGAGUUGCAGUUCGUCUUUUGGUGCUCAAAGGUGGCUUGGUUCACUCAAGAGACAAUGCCUAUGCUUGGCUAUUAUAACUUCUCCUCAUGAUCAAAUUAGCGGGAUGGUUCAUCAGUCCAGGAAGAGAAGCAUGGCUAAUAUGGCUCAUAGAAUGGUGAGUAACUUUGGAUUCGGUGUAUGCACGACUGUGCACCAAUGGAAGGUAGUCCAAGUAGGGGAAACAAUGGUGACUAUACGCAAUAAUAAUCCGGGUGAGCCAACUGGGGUGGUGCUGAGUGCCUCACAUUCGUUCCGCAUGCCCAUUUCCCACCAAUGUCUGUUUAAUUUCCUAAGCCACAAAUAUAGAAGUGAUGUUGAGUUGAUGGAGGUUCAUUCCAACAUGCCAAUAAUGCGAGAGUUGGUUAGAAUCGACAAGAGCAAUGGCGACCAUCUCAACCGUGUCUCUUUUCUUGUCACCAAGGUUUUACAUGGAAACAAUCAAAAUUCUGUUCCUAUACUGCAAGAGACUCAAUCAGAUGGGUCGGGGUCAUUGUUAGUGUAUGCGCAAGUGACCUUAGAGGGGAUGCAGACCGUGAUGGAGGGCCGGGAUUCGAGUUUGGUGGAAAUACUUCCAUCAGGAUUUUCCAUCAUCCCGAAUACCAAAGUGUGUGAAAAUGAUGAUGAUUCGUGUAUGAUGACAGUUGCGUUCCAACUAUUGACCGAGAAUAGCCCAGGAAACAUGAACAUACCCAGGCAGACCAUUGAAUACAUAAACAACGUGAUGUCUAGCAGGAUUCAGAGGAUCAAAUCUGCUAUUUUCCGUGGCUAG